UAGAGGCAUUUAGCCCAAAUUUCUUUAGGCUUUCAAUUCUCCAUUCGUUAUCUUCGUCAAUUUAUUCUCUCGCUCUGUUACAAAGAACGUCGGAAGAAAAGGAAAAGCGAUGCAGAUCUUUGUCAAAACCCUAACUGGGAAGACGAUCACGCUCGAAGUUGAGAGCAGUGAUACCAUCGAUAACGUCAAAGCCAAGAUCCAGGACAAGGAAGGUAUUCCUCCCGAUCAGCAGAGACUAAUUUUUGCUGGUAAGCAAUUGGAAGAUGGUCGAACGCUUGCAGAUUAUAACAUUCAAAAGGAGUCAACCCUUCACUUGGUCUUGAGGCUUAGGGGUGGGACUAUGAUUAAGGUCAAGACUCUGACCGGGAAGGAAAUUGAGAUUGACAUUGAGCCAACUGACACAAUUGAUCGUAUCAAGGAGCGGGUUGAGGAGAAAGAAGGGAUUCCCCCUGUACAGCAAAGGCUCAUUUAUGCUGGUAAACAGCUUGGUGAUGACAAAACGGCUAAAGACUAUAACAUUGAGGGUGGUUCUGUUCUCCAUCUAGUGCUUGCCCUGAGGGGUGGUUAUCUGUGAAAGCAUUUUAUCUGUCACCUACUGAAAUUCUGAAUUUUCAGUUUUUAUUUUGUUGGUGCUGGAUGAAUGCAUGAGCGGCAUCUUGCAUGUGUGUGGAUAAAUGGAAAAGUAUUUGAGCCCAAACUUUUAUCAAUUACUCUGUAAUAGAGAUUUCAUCUCCUGUGUAUCUCCAUCUCUUUUCAAGUUCAACAUUAAGCCAUUUGGUUUGUGUGGAAGGAGUUUGUAAAAUUUAGUCCCAAAGUUUAUCAAUUUUUAUUGGGGGAAUGGAGCUCAAUUAUCAUUA